ACAAGCUAAUGAGUAUUCAAAAGAAUGUAAAUGUUAAAAUUCAAGAAGCAAUAGGCUCGCGAUGGCCAAUGGGGGUUGUAUCGUAUUAUUUGGAUAGCAACAGUUACGAUAAUAUUAUAGCUAGACGCCUACGAUCGGUUAUAAAUGUAUUGGAGAGUGCAUCAUGUUUAAAAUUUAAUUUGCUUUCCGAAAAACCAAAUAAUAUCUCCUGGAUCUAUGUAACUAAUCCUAACAGAGAAAGAGAAUGUGUUCACGACACAAAGUAUCACGACGAUGGAGAAAUUACUUUAGUUCUAGGAUAUGAUUGUCUCAAUAAAAACGAAUUAUUACAUGCUUUACUUCAUGGUAUUGGGUUGAACGAUGAAGUAACACAUCCUCACCGAGAUCGCUAUAUACGAGUGCUUUGGAACAACAUCCGUCCAGAACGUCGCAAACUAUUUAGAAUUGAACCACAAGAUGCUUCUAAAGUUUUGUCAGAAUAUGAUCCAUUAAGUAUAAUGCAAUUUCAUGACCGCGCGUUCAGUAGUAACGGACAACCAACCAUAGUACCUUUGAUAUCUGGAUUAAUGAUUAAUCCAUCGGAAGAGUUAUCGCAAUUAGAUAAGAUGAAGCUUCGUCUGUUAUUUGAACACGAGUGCAAUAAAAGAAAAGUUGGCGAUUUACUGGAUUCUUGUAAAAAUGCAUUUCAUACAAAACUCGAGGGUUCAAUAACUGAUGCUAGUAACAGUGUACAAGAAGAUAAUGUCAGUAAUAACAACAUUACCAAAGACAUAUCAGAUGAACAUAAUGAAGAAAAUAUAGAUACAUUAAAAGAUAGUUUGGGAGAUAAUAAUGAGAGGGCCCUUGAUGCUAAUGAAAAUGAUAAAGUUAGUGAUAAUGACAAUGAAGUUCAAGAACAUAGUGUAGAAAAAAGCAUAAACCAAGACCAAGAAGACGUGGAUCAAGAUAAACAUCGGCAAAGCUCUAAAGAUAUAUCUUAACAGCUAAGAUUAAUAUUAUUCAUUGAGCCCUAUUUAUUCAUGAAUGAAAAGACAGUCAAUAA